AGCAAGUCAAGUGUUAUUUAUGUGAUGUGUCAAUCAAGCGUUUGAUAAACCAGAGUUAGUUAGUAAACCAGUAUAUUAAAAUAAUUUUCAAACGGUUUUUAUGAAAAGCUAAUAUACUGGAUAUGUUUCAAGAUCGUUAGCUUUCGUAUGAAAAUAAACUUAUGUUGAUCAAUGUUUUAAUCAUUGAUGUUUUAACUUAACGAUGUUUCAACAAACCAUGUACCGGCAACUAGGCAUUAUCCAAAUGUGUUUAUGGAUAAGUAUUGUCUAUUUUACCCGUGGAGAAGUGGAGAUUCUCAAACAAUGUAAUUGUAAAGUUGACUUACAGAGGCUAACUGUAGAUUGCUCGGAAUUAGGACUUACAAAUGUAUCUGAUAUAUUCAGAUGUGUUCCUAACAAAACUAUAGAACUUAAUUUAUCCAAUAAUAAUAUAGGAGAAAUUUCACCUGGAACAUUUGCAAGAUUUUCAACUUUACAAACACUGAGGCUUAGUCGUAAUAAAAUCAAAUUCUUAGAAAGUGGAGUUUUCAACGGUCUAAUGCAACUAAAACUAUUAACAUUGGAUCAUAACUAUUUAAACAAGAAUGGUUCGUACGCAGACGAUUUGUUUAAACCAUUAAGAAGACUCCUUCAAUUGUAUCUACAAGGAAAUUGUGUAUAUACAAGUGUUUGUUAUUAUCCGGAUAUUGCUUUGUCGUCUGCAACUUCUCUGAGAUAUCUGCAUUUAGACGGUUUACCUAAUAAAGAAUUUAGCGAAGGAUUUGCUAAGCUAUCAAAUCUAAAGGCCUUGUAUUUGGAUGGUGAAAAUGGAUAUUGCGAUAUGCCUUUUUUAACGGAAAAUACCUUCAAACAAUUCAAACAAACUCCUUUAUCCCAUUUACAUCUUGAAGGAUGUGACGUCAUAAAAGUAGCUCCAAAUGUAUUCCGAAGUUUGGUAAAUCUUACAACAUUAGUAAUAACGGAUAAUCGACAUCUUUGUUCAGAUGGCAUUGAAAACGCUACCAUUGGGCUAAAUGAAACAAAUAUAGAAAUGAUACGAUUCAACUUUUGGUGUAGAAAUUCUCCGGCUUAUAUAAGUUUGACAAAAAAUAUGCUGAAAGGGCUUACAAACACUUCACUUAAAACAAUGGACCUCUGUUGGAAUAGAAUUAUUUACAUAGAUCCUAAAUGUGUUGAAAAUCUUCCCGUUACUCUCAGAUAUAUAUCUCUAAAGGAAAAUAAAAUUGAUUCGGGAAAAUUUCUGGACCACUUCCGGAGAUUAGAAAGUCUAGAAACGCUGGAUAUAAGUUAUCAAUAUAGCAACACUAUUGACGACUCUGUUACAAAUAAAGACAACAACACAAAUGAACAGAUAAGCAAUAUGCUAAAUCAUUUGAAUGGUCAUAAUAAAAAAGACGACAAAAUUGAUCUACCAAGAAAUUUGACGACAAUGUACAUGAACAACAUCAAAUUAGGAAUCCCUGUGCCAUCUUUGACAUUUGGACCAAAUAAAUUAAGAUAUUUAGAUUCUUCAAGCUGUUUAUUAAAAGCUUUCCUUGGACCUUGGCGUGGAUUAACAGAACUUCAAUUUUUCAACUUGUCAAACAACAGAUUCACGUACUUCAGUCCACGUGCUCUUGUCGACAUGGGGAACCUUAGAACACUUCUGUUACAAAACAAUCAGAUUGGCCCUUCUCUAAACAGAGACAAUGAUUGCCAAACUUUUUCGAGUCAGGAAAAACUAGAAGAAUUAGAUCUAAGUAACAAUGCAAUAAAAGAACUUCCUUACAAUAUAUUUCAUAAUUUGACAAAUUUAAAAACUCUGAAUUUAGCUAACAAUUCGAUAAGAAACGUAAACUUCUUGUUACGGCGUAUGGCACAUCUUCAAAAGCUAGAUUUGUUUAAUAAUGUAAUAGAAUAUAUAUCUAGAGAAAAUAGGGAUGCGCUUGACUACAUAGCAUCGAAAAGAGAAGUAGAACUUGUUUUAACCGGAAACCUUCUAUUGUGUGACUGUAACAAUCAAGAUCUUAUCAAUUGGCUUGCCAACACAAAAGUUAAUAUCGUUCAAAAAGACGAACUUCAUUGCUUAUAUAUCAAUAAAACUGUGAUAAGUUUAUCGGCACUUGACAUUUUACCAGAACAACUGAUGUAUGAAUGCACGUCAUGGAUAGUGCUGACGUCAUGUGUGGUCGGUUUUGUCGGAUUAUUACUUGUGUUUUCAGUUAUAGCAUUACUUUAUUACAAGCGUUGGCAAAUACGUUAUCUGUGGUAUAUAGGGAGAGUCAAAAUAGACCCAUAUCACCAUCCGGAUGAUCAAGAACAACCUCUGCUUCAAAUAGACGCUUACAUUUCAUACGAACAGCAUUUUGACAUCACCAAUGGCGUCACAUUGCAUAGAACAAUUACAGAACACGUAUACCCAUUUUUUGAAAACCGAGGGUACAAAUUAAUCAUUCGCGAGGAAUUUGAUGGCAAUGAAAAAUUAUACAGUGUCAUACCCAAAACUAUUCGUAAAAGUCGUAAAGUCAUAGCACUGUUGACGCCAUCUUACUGUAAUGACUAUUGGAACACCUUUGAGUUUAAUUUAGCUGCAUAUCAGGGCAUAUACUCAAAACGGAAUAUCAUUUUGCCUGUUAUAAUAGGUGAUAUUUCUAAUAUAGAUAUGACAUCAGAGAUUCGUUCAUUUAUACGGACAAAGAUUAAAUCAAAGGAGGUUUUGUGGUACCCGUUGCCUUGUAAUUUUUAUCGUAACAUAAAUUCAUUUAAUGAGCAACUUGAAGACUGGCUCCGACGAUAGUAUUCUGCGUUUAACAUAAACAAACUAUUAUUAACUGUUUUAUAAUACUGCACGCUUGUAAAGUCUCUUUGCAUUUGAUAAUCGUAUGGUUUUUAUAAACUAUAUACACGUACCGUACACGACUGUUGUCAAUUCAUGAAAUUAUGUUCCUUUUUCUAUAAUGAACGUUUGUAUUAUAAAUUCGAUAUAUACAUUCUUCACAGGCAAUAAAUGAAGUGCUGUUUGCUACAUAGCUUUCGCUUAGCAACUCAAGGUAUAAAUCAAUAUAACCGUUUAUAUAUGGCCAUAUAACCUGUUAAAAUCUUUAUAAGCCACUGAAGGGAUAACCGAGGAGAAUAUAUACUGACUUCUCUCACAAUAAAUCAACACUCGCUUUUAAAGAUCUAGUACUAAAAAAAUUCUCAUUUCAGCAUUGCUGUUUUAAAAAAUAUUCGAAAAAAAAAAAAAAAAAAACAGCUGUAAAAAUCGUUUUCAUAUUGUACAAUUAGCUACAUGAUGAAAAUUAAAAUGCCAACCAACACCACUUCAUAGUGUAACUGUUGAUAAUGUUGAUAUUGUUAUGUUUUUAAUUAUUGUGAUUUUAUCUAUAUGUACUAUAAUUAAUGUCAGCAAGACAAAUGAAAAUAUCUUAGCUUUACAUUAAAGAAUAUAUGAAUUUUCGUUUGCAUGUACAAAACAAGAGGGCCAUGAUGGCCCUGAAGUCGCUCACCUGUAUAUAGGCCCCCGUAGCGGGGCCAGUUUAAACCCCAGGGCUUUUAUUUGAACAAACUUGGUAGACACCCAUUAGAAGAUGUUUCAUGCUAAAUAUCUAAGGUCUAGCUGGCCAAGUCUUUUCUUUACACAUAUAGUUAAAAACAAUGACACACCUGGGGCAGGGCCAGUUUGGACCCCAGGGCUUUUAUUUGAACAAUCUUUGUAGACACUUUAAUUACUAGAAAAUGUUUCAUGCUUAAUAUCUGAACUCUAGCUAUUCGGAUUUUUCGUAGAAGAUUUUUAAGUUUUUGCUAUACUCAUAUAAG